AUGACUUCAGAAGAGCUCUCGACCUCUUUCAUUCCAGCCCUGUAUAAGCCAGCUGCUCUAUUGCCCAUUGCACGGCAUAAGAAGACCCUGCUUUACUUGGUUGAGAAAUAUCCUGUCACUAUAGUUGUGGGUCAAACAGGUAGCGGCAAAACAACCCAGCUGCCGCAAUAUCUCGACCAGGCAGGAUGGUGCGAGGACGGAAAAGCCAUCGCUGUCACACAGCCCAGGCGAGUUGCUGCCACGACGGUUGCAACCCGAGUAGCAGAGGAGAUGCGGUGCAAAGUAGGUGAAGAGGUGGGCUACUCUAUCAGAUUUGAAGAUCAAACAUCUGCUGCAACAAGAAUCAAAUUCUUGACAGAUGGUAUGUUGCUCAGAGAAGCUUUGGUAGAUCCUCUUCUCUCACGGUAUUCUGUCAUCAUGGUUGAUGAAGCACAUGAAAGAUCUCUAAGCACCGAUGUUCUCCUCGGAAUUCUGAAGAAGAUCUGCAAAAAGCGAACUGAACUUCGCAUUAUCGUCAGUAGUGCAACCCUUCAGGCAGAAGACUUCCUGCGCUUUUUCGCCGGCGAUGAAUACAAGCCCGACGCAGAGCCGGCUGACUUGGGUGGAAGUGUUGGAAGGAUCAUCAGUCUGGAAGGACGGAUGUAUCCAGUCGAUAUGCUUUACCUUGAGACUCCUGCAGAAGACUAUAUUGAACGAGCAGUUAAGACGGUUUUUGAUAUUCAUUCCCAGGAAGCAGAAGGAGAUGUACUUCUCUUCUUGACGGGCCGGGAAGAGAUCGACACUGCGAUUCAGUUGAUAUCCGAGAGAGCGGCUACUCUCCAUCCAAAAGCACAUUCACUACUUCCCUUGCCUCUUUACGCUGGACUCACGACAGAACAACAAAUGUACGUCUUCGAGCCCACACCAGAAAACACUCGAAAAAUCAUUGUCUCGACCAAUAUCGCAGAGGCAUCAGUCACGAUUGACGGAAUCGUAUAUGUAAUCGAUUGCGGCUUUGCCAAACUCAGGGCCUACAACCCCAACACUGGCAUUGAGACGUUGACAGCAGUACCAAUAUCAAAAGCGUCGGCUACACAGCGAGCUGGACGAGCUGGAAGAACUAAGCCGGGAAAAUGCUUCCGCUUAUAUACGCAAGAAGCCUACGAGCUCCUACCUGAAGCAACGGUACCUGAAAUUCAGCGGUCAAACCUAGCCCCAGUCAUUAUGCAGCUCAAAGCACUGGGCAUUGACAACAUUGUCCGAUUUGACUUCCUGACUCCUCCACCGGCAGAACUCGUCAUUCGAGCAUUCGAGCUUCUCUCCUCCCUCGGUGCGGUUGAUGACUAUGCCAAACUUACGAAGCCGCUUGGAAUGCGAAUGGCGGAACUUGCGGUCGAUCCAAUGAUGGCCAAGGUCCUCCUUGUCGCUCCGUCUUUCAACUGUCUAAGCGAGGUCCUCUCAAUUGCGGCUAUGGUCAGUCUUCAGGGAACGGUGUGGGUUCAACAUGAGGGAGAUAAGAGAUCUGCUGAGAGCAGUCGCCGCAAGUUUGCCGUUGAGGAGGGCGAUCAUUUGACAUACCUGAAUGUAUACCAGGCGUUCAUCACCAAGGGAAAGAAGGAUUCGAAAUGGUGUCGUGACAAUCUCUUAAACUACCGGGCUCUGCUGCGCGCAGUGAGCAUCCGUGGUCAGCUGAAGCGAUACCUGGAACGCUUUGGUAUUCAAAUUGAUGAGACGCUGUCAGCUCGCAAUGGCGCCCUUGAUUUGAGCUCCCAACCUGAGCGGAUUCGAAGAUGUCUCACCACAGGUUAUUUCGCUCAUGCGGCCAAGAUGCAGCCUGAUGGCACCUUUAAGACUGUCAGUGGGGGACUGACUCUUCAUGCACACCCUAGCUCAUUGAUGUUUAACCGCAAAGCGGACUGGGUUGUCUUCCAUGAGAUCAUGCAAACGGGCGAAAAGACUUACAUUCGCGAUAUUACGAAGAUUGAGAAGAGUUACCUGCUGGAAUAUGCUCCCGACUAUUACAGAGUCAGGUAA